AUGCCACCAAAAAAGGCCAAACAAACAGCCGAAAAGGAAAGCUCCCCUCCACCAGUAAGACGAUCUUCUAGGCAAAGAACCGUUAAAAAGGAGAUAAUUGAAGAAGACUCCGAUUUACUUGCGGAAGAAGAACCCGAGACGAAAAAAGUGCAUAAAAAACGCGCUAAGAAUACAGGUUCCUCAAGAAGCAGUCGAGUGAAAAAGUCUCGUCCUGAUGUUUCUACAGAUGUGACUCCGAUAAAUAAUGACCCACAUACAAAUACUCUUGUGAUGGAACAACGCGGUCAAGGUUCUGAAAUGGAGGAAAUCAUGGAGGAAAAUGUUAAAAAUGAAGAUAUAGUGAAGGAAGACGCGUCAUUAUCUCCGCAAAUUAUUAAUGGAGACAAGAUUAACUCGGAAGCAGGAUCUUCUACAAGUAAUCGGUCCAAAAAUGAUAACACCGAAGUGACCCAGGCUGAAGAUGUUGAUCCGAAUGUUCAAAAAAGAUGGGAAUCUAUUAAAGAACGUCUCUUUGAAACUCCAAAACUUCCUAAACCUCCCUACAAGGAUUAUCAAGACAAGUUAUUGGUGAAGCGUCCUUGGAUGAAGAAGAGGGACAUAGAUUAUCUUCAUAAGCUCCUCACCGAUCCAAAUUCUGAGCUAGGAUAUAAAGUUAUAAAACACAUUAUAAAUUACACCGUAUACAGUAAUUUUACGGAUGAACAGAAGGCACGUCUCUUGAAUCUUUUACCAAGUUCAGAAUUGGUUCCGAUCGCGAGUGAUGCUGGCGAACCAAUUGACACACCGAGAAUUGAAAGAGAGCGUCAAUCCAAGGGGUUAAAAUUGUACGAGGCAGGGAUAACGAGUGUUAUAACUGAAAUAGAUCCAACCAAAGUUGUUCCACGCUUCGAUUUUUGGCUAUCAGAUGCAUUCAAAGACGCUCGGUGGUGGUUUCAGUUGAGCAUAAGAUACGGGUAUUUUACAAAAAUAGGUGUUGACACUCAAUGGACUAACCUGGAAAAGUUUAAAACUGAAAUUCCUGAUGUCUGGAAAAACGAUGCUUUCGAACAAGAUUGGGGUAUUGGGUUAUGGGGGAAAAUAGGGAACAAACAGAUCGCUGGCGACUCUGCUCAAAUAACACUUCCAGAUCUAGCCAAAGCUCUGAUAAUUAAACCUAACGACACCUUAAAAUAUAAGCGACAAUUUAAAAAUAUUGGUGUAACAGUGAGCAUGGACGUGAAGGUGAUUUCUAUUGACAAAUCGAAUGGUCACCUUCAGAUUAAAUUAAUUAAAGGCAAACAAAGUAAAACGAUCGAUAACAUUCACAAUCCAACCCGUCUCGAGAAUGAGCUCUUGGACUUUGAUGGUCAGGUUCCAAGAAAAUCACGUCCCAACGGUAACGCUUUUAAAAAUUUUUCCAUUCAACGUUCUGCAGAAUACACCCCGAGCCUAUUUGAAGCUAGAAAGGAAUACUGGGCAAAGAGUCAAUAA